CUGUCCAACUUUUUCUCUGUUACACUGUGUGUGUGGUUGUGGGCCAGGUUGGAAAACAGUCAGUGGGCAAAGAUGUCGCAGUACUCUGGAAAGAUCACCUUCUACGAGGGAAAAUGUUUCACCGGCAGGAAGCUGGAGGUGCGAGGAGACUGUGAUAACUUCCAGGACCGCGGCUUCAUGAACAGGGUGAACUCUAUCCGUGUGGAGAGCGGAGCCUGGAUCUGCUACGACCACCCCGACUUUAAGGGCCAGCAGUACAUCCUGGAGCACGGCGAGUACCCCGAGUUCCAGAGGUGGAACUCCCACAACGACCACAUGGGAUCCUGCAAGCCCAUCCGCAUGCAUGGAGAGCACUACCGCAUCGAGCUGUUCGAGGCCUGUAACUUCUCAGGUCAGUGUGUGGAUAUCUGCGACGACUGUCCCUUCCUGCAGAGCCGCGGCUUCUCCAAGAGCUGCAUCAACUCAGUCAGGGUCUACGGAGACGGAGCCUGGGUGAUGUACGAGGAGCCUAACUUCCGUGGUCGUAUGUACAUCGUUGAGCGUGGCAACUACUGCAGCCAUAACGAGUGGCAGGCCCAGAACCCCAACAUCCAGUCCAUCCGCAGGGUCGUCAACUACUUCUAAACCCCGCCCCCCCCCCCUCCCCCAACAC